UUCUUUUUUUUUUAAAUUGUCUAGCAUUGCAAUUAUGUCUUGUCUUACUUGUCGUACUUGAAGUUGAACUAAUCAAGAGGAAGGAUCAUAAAAAAAAAAUGUCAUUUUCAGAUAUUAUUUGCAUAUUAUGUGCAAAAAUGAUUAAAAGUUCAGAUUGUGUUUACGCGACCAUCAACUGUGGUCAUCUGUUUCAUCAAAAGUGCCUUUUCAAAUAUUUUAGUCGCUCUCAAUACUGUCCACAAUGCCAGCGGAGAUGUCGUCCACGGCAAAUCUAUCGAGUGUAUUUGGAAUUUUGUCAACGUAUUUUGUCAGCGCAUUCUCCCACAGAUUAUCAAACCGGUCCCGAAUGGCUAUAUUUUGGUGCCUCAUUAACGCCUAAUGAUAAUUUAUCGUUCGGUUUAAAGCUGGAUGCCGACGAAGAUGGACAUGACGCUUACUGUGCACGUGUUAAUAUCGAUGACGACAUUGUGCCGGCAUAUUUUGUGCCUGCGAAAGGCGGUGCGUAUGCUGUUCGAAGUGAAGAAUGUCAUUUUUGCGUUUCAUUUAUUGAGAUACUUGAUGUUUCUCAGGACCAAGCCGAUUACAAAUGGACGGCCGCAUCAGAUGGUGAGAUACCGGCUAAUGCGCUCAAGAUUGGAAAAUCAAUGGUUGAAAUGGAAUACGGUUUGGGCUACAAAGAUAUGUAUAUGGCGAGAGGUAUUUACAAUGGACGAAAACGUUACGGCAAACUAUAUCCAUCGAGCAAAAUGGCUCUAUUACCGUAUGGUGAUCUCGAAGUUAGUGCAAAUAAUUACGAAAUCCUUGUACGUAUACCGAAGUCAAAUAAAGACUCAAUCAGUGCAUUCAAUAAACAUGAAGUUUAAGCUAUUCAUAGGAGAUUUAUGGAUACGGAAAUCGAUAAUCGAUAAACAUUGAUUAUUGUUCCUUAAAUAAUGUCGACCUGAAUAUAUAUUUGAGACACUGCGCGUCUUAAGAAUGGGAACGAUAAAUAUUAAAUUAAAUAUUAACGUACAGUGUCGUCAACAAGAAAAUAUUUAAUAAAUUAACAUGGUCCAUAGGUUUUUGUAUAUGCCUUAAACAUGUUUCGUGGCUUAAAAGGAUUACAGCUUUAAUAUAUUUGUAAAAGUUAUACAAAAUUUUCAUUAAGACUCAUUGCAAUAUGCAAAGCAAUACUAAAAUAUAGUU